AUGGUCGCCUGGCAUUGCUGGGCGCCGAAGCCGGGUGCCGACGGCUCCUACCCGGUGGACCGGGCGGAGGCGGCGAGCGGCGAGAAGCUCCUCCGCGACGUCAUGAACGAGAACAAGAUCGAGCUCUACGCUGCAUACGGUAAGGUGAUGAACUGCGGCGGCGGUGGGAGCUGCGGCACUUGCAUCGUGGAGAUCCUUGACGGAAAGGAGCUCCUGAAUGAAAGGACGAACACGGAGAACCGGUACCUGAAGAAGAAACCGGAGUCAUGGAGGCUAGCUUGUCAGACAAUUGUAGGCAACAAGGAGAACUCGGGCAAGGUUGUGGUCCAACGGCUGCCCCAGUGGAAGCAAUGAUUGUGCGCAUACUUGAUCUGCACCACACUACUCGAUGUACUGACUACUGAGUCUGAUAGCAUGUGGAUACCAAGCUGUAUCUGAUUAAAUGUCAUGCACUGUGCAAUCGAGAAUAGAAAGUAUUGCCUCAUCAAUAUCGCUCGUUCAGUUCUCUUGAUACGUA